AUGAGCGCUUUUGUGCGAGUAUCUGGCCGCCCAAACACAAACUUUCUGGUCGGAUACCCGGGGAUCUCUGCGACUCUGCCUCGCAUUGAAGGGACUGUCGAAAUACGGCCUGGCGUCGGCAUCUCAAGUCCCGUCAACGUCUCCAUCGUCACAAUCUGCCUGCAGAGAAGAGAAAGCAUCCACCCCCAUGCGGACUCGGUCACCAAGAAACACCUGGCCGCGCCCAGGAAAGAGUCGACGGAGACGGUGGGAAAAGAGAUGCUUUUGUUCCGAUGUCCAGCCAACAGGGAAUAUGAAGAGAUCAUGUACAUGGACUUGCCCUUCGUGAUAUUCAUCCCUUUCGGGCGGGGAGGGCAGGAGACUGCCCGACGGGUGCCCCCAGCGAGUCUACAGUUACCACGGCGGACGGCCGAGACAUACUACGAGAUGGUGGUGACUGUGGGUUAUGGAGGGACAGAUCGCAAAACCUAUGCUUUCCCCGUACCGAUUGCACGGUACGACACACUGUCGACUUUUGGCAUGUACAAUCGACCCGAAACUGCAGAGCGGGUUUCGGAUCACUUGGUGACCCUGGGGAUAUCCUUGCCGCGAUGGUCUUACGGGCCUCUGGACCCAGUCAGCGUGUAUAUCAAGCUAUCUCCGAAUCCGGAUUGGCUGAGCAAGGCGCGUAAAGUGACCAUCAAAAAGAUCGAGAUCGGCAUCGACGAGGAGGUCAUCUACAACCACGAGGGGGACGAGCCCCAGAGAAAGACAAAGAGUCUGGUCAAGAAGACGGAAACGGUUGGAGUGAAAAUGCCCGAAGCGGGAUAUUUCACCAACCUGGGUCUUGUCUUCCCUUCGAGCGAUCUUCGCGACGCGGACGGGAUCAUGCCUCGUGGCAGAUCGGCGUUUCCUACUUAUGCAGUGACGGGCUUUACGACGACGGCAGGUCUAUACAAGGUGGAAUACUACCUGACCAUCAAGGCAUCGAUGGCUGGCGCCAAAGAUAUCAUCCUGAAACAGCCCAUUGUCGUUUGUCCUUUGGACCACGCAGCAUGCAAAGCGGAGAUGGAAGCCAUUGAACAAGCGGCUCGAGACGCCUCUCACGUCAACGCGGAAAAUCCAAUGUUACCCUUGGCCACUAUAAUCCGCGCUUCGGAUCCUAACGCGUUGAGCUGUUUGGGAGUGGCGCUGGUCGGCUCUGUGAAGAAGCCUUUGAUUGACUGA